AUGUGGCUUGAGCUUGUGUACCAUGUACCUGUCAGUCUGUGGUUGGGGUGGGGAUUAUGGAAUGAACACCCCCUCGUCCCACUCAAUCUCCUCGUCUUCGCACUAGAAGUCGCCAUCACGACGCUCACCUGCCUUGCGGAUAUCUCUUCCUGGAAGACGUACACUUCGGCGCAGAAGAACGACCUAUACAGCCUUUAUGUCCCGUAUCUCAUACUCGCCUGCCUCAUGGGCAUCGACGCCUUCAUUCGAGUCAAACGCCAGGUCCUUCACGGGCUCGUCCAACCAAAGGGCAAGGCUGCGUGA